CAUUAAGGAAAGUAUCAGAAAUCUGCUAUAAUAAAUUACCACCGCUAACGACCUUUGACGAGUUAAAGACACUGCUUAUCUCAGGCAGAACAAACUCUUCCGAUUCUUCCCUUCUUGGUAACAAAAAAAAAAAAAGACACUGGAACGAGAAGAAUGGCCGAGGCUGUUGUUUCUGAGGCUAUUCAAAGAAUUGCUGAUUUGCUCAUACAAGAAGCAGUUUUUCUGCAUGGUGUGCGGGGUGAACUUGAACGAUUGCAAGCUGAACUCAAGCGAAUGAAAUGCUUCUUGAAAGAUGCCGACCGUCAUCAUCAUGAAGAUGAGCGAGUGCGCAACUGGGUAGCUGAAAUCAGAGACCUCGCUUAUGAUUCUGAGGAUGUCAUCGAUACCUUUCUUCUUAAAGUUGCAAGGGGUAGAGGAGAAGGUGUACGCGGGUUCAUUAACAAGGCUUUUUUCAUGUUCACUAAGGCUUCCUAUCUCCACAGUAUAGGAACCCAGAUCACAUCUAUCGGAUCUAAGAUUGAAGAUAUAAACAAAAGUAUGCAGACCUACGGCAUCCAACUUGUUGAGGGAGAAGGAUCUAAUUAUGAGAGACAACAACGAUACAGAAGACCGGAUCCACAUGUUGAGGAAGAGUAUGUCAAUUGUUUGGAGGCUGUAAUAAGUGAUCUUAAAGCUCGUUUGAUGAUGGAGGAAGAGCAAGUGCGUGUUGUUUCCAUAGUGGGGAUGGGAGGGCUGGGCAAAACCACUCUUGCCAAGAAGAUAUACAAUGACGUUGAUGUGAAGCAAAACUUCGACUUCCAUUCUUGGAUCUUCAUAUCUCAGCAAUUCUCUGUCAAGGAAGUUGUCGUUCGAAUCCUUAUGGAUGCUGCAUCCAACGAAGAUAAAGCAAAGUUAUUGGAGGAUAUGAAAGGGGGACAACCACUUAAAUCCAAGGUGGGAAAGAUGAAGGAAGAUGAAGAAUUCAAGUGUUUGUUGGAAAGGAUGAAAGAGGAAGAUCUGAUUAGAACACUUCAUAGUACGUUAAUAGAGAAGCGUUACUUUGUGGUUCUUGAUGAUAUUUGGACAACUGAGGCCUGGGAUUAUUUGAAACGUGCUUUUCCAAAUGGUAAGAGAGGAAGCAAAGUUUUAAUUACCACCCGAAACACUGUGGUCGCUUCUCAUGCUGAUCCACAGAGCUCAGUGGUGGAACCACCACUGUUGAAGGACGACGAAGGCUGGGAACUUCUUAAAAGGAAAACAUUCCCUCGCCCACCAGAAUUUGAGAAAUUAGGAAGGGAAAUGGUGAAAAAAUGCAAAGGAUUGCCAUUAGCAAUUGUUGUACUUGGAGGCCUAUUGGCAACUAAGAAGUCAUUAACGGAGUGGAAUAGUGUGCAUGAAAAUAUUAUUGCACACUUUAUCAAGUGGGAACAACAUCAUCAAUAUGGAGGAGUGUAUGGGAUAUUAGGUUUGAGCUACGAUGACUUGCCUUUCCAUUUGAAGCCAUGCUUUCUCUAUCUUUCUCAAUUUCCAGAGGACUGGGAGUUUCGGAAAAGGGAAUUGAUUCGAAUGUGGAUUGCCGAAGGCUUUAUAUUGCAACCAUCAAUAGGUGGAGAAGAAGAGACGAUGGAAGAUGUGGGUGAAGAAUAUUUGGAAGAGCUGACAAGUAGGUGUAUGGUUCAAGUAAGCGAAAGAGAUCACACUGGAAUAGGUGUGAAAAGUUGCAGACUUCAUGAUCUGAUACGUGAUAUGUGUAUUUCAAAGGCAAGGAGUGAGAAUUUCCUUGGAGUUAUACAGCACGCAGAGGACGCAAAGGCAAAUAGUAGUUCAUCCACUCUGCAGUUGACAUCAAAUAAUAAGUGGCGUAGAGUUGCUAUUCAUCCUCGCAUUUUCGGGAAAGAUGGACGCAAAACGGACUUCUAUGUGCCUUCACUAAAAAGUGGUGAUUUGUAUCUCCGGUCUCUUUUCUAUUUGAUUGAACCUGCUAUCAGAAAGAUACUAAAAAGUGGUGAUUUGUAUCUCCGGUCUCCUUUCUAUUUGAUUGAACCUGAUAUGAGAAAGAUCUAUGGUCGUGGAAGUGUGUACAAUAUGACAAGGCAGCAAGCAAGGUUCAUUUUUGAGAAUUUCAGAAUGCUAAGAGUUUUAAAAAUUGAUUAUAUAUGGCAAUAUGAUCGUUGCCUACCUGGGGAAGUUGGUUAUUUGAUUCAUUUGAGAUAUCUGGGAUUAGUCGGUGGUGGAAUGACUGAUGGAGUUAAGUGUAGGUGCGUGGCGGCAUUACCAUCGUCCAUAGGUAAUCUGAGGAGUUUAUAUACUCUUGAUCUACGACGGAAUGGUGUAAUUAUAUUACCCGCUGCAGUGUCGAAAUUAGAAUGCUUGAGACAUCUAUUAUUGGAUGGGGAAUUGAUAUGGCAGUUUAGAUUGGAUAAAUUAAGGCACUUGGAGACUUUGAAGGUGGUAUCUGCAAAGCAUCUAAUUAAAAGAGAUACAAUACAGAAGUUGACCAAUCUCCGAAGUUUAGCAGUAGAAUUCAAGACAACGGAGGAAGUUAUGGCUGUGAUAGGAUCUCCCAUUUUUGGAUUAGGCCGUCUCCGUUCCUUGAAAAUGCGAAUGCGAGCGGAUAUUCCAUUUCCUAAUUUGGAACCACUUUCUGGUCUUCAUCAACUUACAAAACUGGAAUUAUGCGGAGCUAUACCAGAAGAUCCAUAUUCCCUGGAACACCUACCAAAAAGCCUUGCCAAGUUAAUUUUGUUUAAUUCUAAAUUGAAGCGGGAUCCGAUGGGCAUUUUGGAGAAGCUGUCUAAUCUGAGAGUUCUGGAGUUGUACUAUCAUUCAUACGAGGGGUCUAAAAUGGUCUGCUCUGCCCAUGGGUUUCCUCAACUUGAGACUCUUCGUGUUGUUGAUUUAAAUGCCUUAGAAUUGUUAAUAGAAGAAGGUGCUAUGCCACGACUCAAGAAUUCAGUAAUACAAUCCAGAAAUACAAUCGUUGACUCGUAUAAGGUGCACAUUACCCUUCCAGCCAAUUAUAUUUAAAGUAUAAUAGCAAGG